GGGGGCCGGUGAUGGGAACGAGGCCGGGCGCGCGCCUCGCCCACCCGGGUCGACCCCGAAAGCGCGCGCGCGCACGUGCGGGUGGGCGGGAAGGGGCGGGGCGGAGGCGCGCGCCCCGAGGAGGGCUAACUGAGACCCAGGCCCUGCGCGAGGGUCGCGCCUGGAAGAGCGGGACUUUGGGAGGAGCCGCUUUCUGCCCCUCUCCUCCUGCUUCGCCCCAAAGAAAAAUUCUAAUUCGCUCCAGACCGAAGUGUCGCUCUCCUUGACCCUGUCCCUCUGAGAGAAAGGGCGACCACCAGGGGUGGUUUCAGCAAUGGCCCCAUCCUCUCUGAUCCUGGCCCAGGUCGGUAGUCACGGUAACCCUUCCCCAGCCUGGAACCCUCCCCCUUUGUGGUUUGGAGCCCCAAACCUCUCCUGUCCCUGCCCCAGGAGGAGGUUGCUAAGGUAACCUAAGUUCCUGGUGGUCCUUCUGCCCCCACCUUCAUUUGAUUACUAUGGCAACCUCACCUAGCACCCAGGUAGAAAGGACCCCAGCCCCAAGGACACUGAUUGCUGAGAGAACACGUCUUUCCCAACCCCUCCCCGUAGCCACCCGCUGGCAGUACCAUGGCAACCAUUUCCCCUCCUCUUUCUCAUCGUGGGAGGUCCAUGGACCAAACCAGCCAGGUGUUUUUAUUUAGAGAAGAUGCUCUGCUGAGAAGGCGUUGCUAUGGUUACAGGGCCUGGACCAGGAGAUGGAAACAGGAAAGGCCAACCCCUGGUUACUAUGGUAACAAGGACAGUCCCCCUUCCGGAGACCUUAAGAACCAGGCCCACCAAGGUGGGGGACAGUUUUAAGAUUGCGUCUCAGGAUGGAGUAGUUCUAGGGAAGGGGUUGUCAUGGUAACAGCUUUGGUCACUUCUAGCCCCACCUUUCUGGACACAUUCAUAAGAAAGGGAUGGUUAUAGGUUGCUAUGAUAACUGACAUCCUUCCCACCCAUUCCUACGACACCCCAGGUGGUGCCCGAGCAUAUAGAACUUCAAAGAGAAAGGAUUCUCUGACCUUCUCAUUGCCACAUUUGUAGGUAAGGUGAAAUUGUACUCUACUGUGCAAAAUUGGCUGAUUUGGGGUUUUCUGGUUCUCAUUCCCUCAGCAGUGCAGCUGAGCGGGGCUGGAGCUGCCCACCCGGAGCUCCCGCAGCAACCGAGGAGGAUGCCCUGGAAGCCCAGCUAGGGCCUGACUGUGGCCCCAUGCGUCUCACCCGCUGCCAGGCUGUCCUGGCAGCCGCCAUCACGCUCAACCUCCUGGUCCUCUUCUAUGUCUCAUGGCUGCAGCACCAGCCCAGGAACUCCCGGGCCCGGGGUCCCCGCCGUGGAGCUGCUGCCGGCCCCCGAGUCACCGUCCUGGUGCGGGAGUUUGAGGCCUUUGACAACGCAGUGCCUGAGCUGGUGGACUCCUUCUUGCAACAGGACGCAGCCCAGCCAGUGGUGGUGGCCGCCGACACGCUCCCUUACCCGCCCCUGGUCCUGCCCCGCCUUCCCAACGUUCGCCUAGCGCUGCUCCAGCCCGCCCUGGACCGGCCCGCUGCGGCCUCGCGCCCUGAGACCUAUGUGGCCACCGAGUUCGUGGCCCUGGUGCCCGACGGGGCGAGGGCUGAGGCACCGGGCCAGCUGGAGCGCAUGGUGGAGGUGCUCCGGGCGGGAGGGGCUCGCCUGGUGGCCGCCCCCGUCGCCUCGGCCAACCCUGCCCGGUGCCUGGCCCUGAACGUCAGCCUGCGGGAGUGGACGGCCCGCUACGGCCCCGCGCCCUCCGCGCCCCGCUGCGACGCCCUGGACGGAGACGCCGUCGUGCUCCUGCGCGCCCGCGACCUCUUCAACCUGCGGGAGGGCGGGCGCCUCGAGUGGUUCGGUUGCAGCAAGGAGACCCCGCGCUGCUUCGGGACGGUGGUGGGCGACACGCCGGCCUACCUCUACGAGGAGCGCUGGACGCCCCCGUGCUGCCUGCGGGCGCUGCGGGAGACCGCGCGCUACGUGGUGGGCGUGCUGGAGGCUGCGGGCGUGCGCUACUGGCUGGAGGGCGGCUCGCUGCUCGGGGCUGCCCGCCACGGGGACAUCAUCCCGUGGGACUACGACGUGGACCUGGGCAUCUACCUGGAGGACGUGGGCAACUGCGAGCAGCUGCGGGGGGCCGAGGCGGGCUCGGUGGUGGACGAGCGCGGCUUCGUGUGGGAGAAGGCGGUAGAGGGCGACUUCUUCCGCGUGCAGUACAGCGAGAGCAACCACCUGCACGUCGACCUGUGGCCUUUUUACCCCCGUAACGGGGUCAUGACCAAGGACACGUGGUUGGACCACCGGCAGGAUGUCGAGUUCCCUGAGCACUUCCUGCAGCCUCUCGUGCCCCUGUCCUUUGCUGGCUUCGUGGCUCAGGCGCCUAACAACUACCGUCGCUUCCUGGAGCUCAAGUUCGGCCCCGGGGUCAUCGAGAACCCCGAGUACCCCAACCCGUCACUCCUGAGUUUGGCAGGAAGCGGCUGAAGCUCCAGCCCCCGCUCCUGGGGUGUGAAGAACACGCGUGCACGGGGAGCUGUCCUUUGCUUGGGUGCUGCUGGCAUUUGGUGGGCGGGCCGGGGAUGCCAAGCUGCCUGGCGAGGCCCAGCACGGUACUGGAGUUCGAAGACAUGCCCUGCCCAAGAUUUCCAAGAGCUUGGGUUUUAUUUAGAGCACGGACAGUUUUGUAAAGAGGAAGAAGUGUACGUUCUGCGGCUGAACUGCUGCGAUUAAAACCCCAGCUCUACCACCUACUCGGUUAGGCAGGCCUGGGCGAGUGUCCCAGCUUCUCCUUUCCUCCAGGAUUUAGUGAAUGCCCUCGCAGCGUCGCUCACAAAGAGCCUGCCGGGCGCUUGGUGGCUGGGGUCGCUUCGGCCACUAGAGGGCGCCUUCGUCCUGCUCUGGGGCCAAGGCCCGGGUACGCCCGGGACCUCCAACGGUAGCUUUCCUAACUCUUUGAGACUUUGGGCUCUCUAAUCCCCUGGUCCUGGCGGGAAAGAAUGGCUAUCUCCCUUCUUCCAGAAUGCGAUCUCCUUGCCUCCUGGGAGAGCCCUGUGAGGUGCAUGCUGCUGUUAACCCUAUCCUACAGAGGGGGAAACAGACUCAGCCCUGAGCUGCUGCUCUGGAUGCCAGACCCACACCGUAUUAACUGCGUUACCUCAUUCUUUUCACGCUCUGCACCUGUUAGCCCGCUUGCAAGGCGGGGUAAACAGCAAUCAUAGCUCACAGUACUCAGCACAUAUGGUGUGCCAGGCAUCCUUCGCAGCGUUUGACAAGGAUUCACUGAUGGACCUCUCACCUCAACCCUCUGAGGCGGGAGCUGCUGUUAUUCCCAUUUUACAGACCGAGCACACAGAGGCCAGAAUGGGAAAGUCACUUGCCCAAGGUCAGACAGCUUAGGAAGUGACGGAGCAGGGACUUGAACCCAGGCAGUCAGGCUGGAGCCCACACUGAAGUUGGAUGCUAUGCCCCUCUCUAGCAACGUUACAUGAGAGGGGGGUCCUGGCAGGCCCCACCACUUAGUGGGUGAAGCCAUGGCGGCCUUCCUUUUGUCAUCAUCACCCAAGAGUAAACGCUGUUUGGGCAAGCAUCCCAAAUAUGCAUAUUUAUUUAUAAAUUAUAUACAGAUACUGCGAUCGUUCUGUAUAUGAGCAAUCAGGCUUAAAUUAUUCCAUUUCAAAAUUUAAAAUAUAGAGGUUUUUGUUUACUUGGCUCAUCUCGGUGACAUGUCCUGCACACCCCCUGGGUGUGUGCAGCCAGCUUUUGGGACCACGGGCUCUGAGGCGAGAGAGGCCUGGGGUCAAAACCCAGUGCUGCCACUUUCUCCCACUGGCAACUUGGGCCACGGUGACCCUGCCUCUCUGAACCUCUGCUUUGCACCUGGGAAAUGCGGGUCAUGAACGUUCACCCCACAGGGGUGCCAUGAGCCACUGGAGUGGUAAAGGGCUCAGGAAUCAAGGCUGGGUUUGGCUCCUGGCGUGGCCACUUACUUCCUUUGUGAUCUUAGGCAAGUCACUGCCUCCCCGGACCUAUAGGUUGGGUGUGGGGGAUGGGUGAUGCUGCAGAAGCAUGAAGCCCUUGGAGGAGCAAUAUAUGCAUCAAAAUGUUUAAAUAUUUCUUUUUUCUUCUCUGAAGAAUGGAAACGCUCUCUCUCUAGAUAUAUAUUUCUUUGAAUCGUUUGCCAAAACACAAGCUGAAGCUCAAAUCAUUCUUAAAUCGUGCAAUGAUUUUGUUUGCUUUAGAAACUUACUUAGAAAUUGUUGGUGCAAUUUCUUGAUUGAUAUGCUAUGUAUAUGUAUAUACACACAUACACAUAUAUAUUCAUUUAUUUAAUUACUUAAUUUUUUAUAUAAAAAAUAUAUAAAAUAACCCUGGCUUAGCUGUGAAUUGAUAAGAGAACCACAUCCAGUGCUUCUGGCAACUUCCCAUUAAACCGAGUGCCAUUAGGUGACUUGGGGUCUCAGCAGAUAAAGAAUUUCUCUUAGCACUAUCCACAGUGUUUUGGCGUUUUCUCCUCUCUUCCUUGUUCCUGAACUAACGACAAUUAGACUAAAAACUUCUGUAGCUAUUAUAAUAUUGUCUGACAGCUCUGUGCAUUCAGUAUCUUUAUCAUCGACUAGGUAAUCAUACAACAGAAGACCUAUUGCAACAAUUAACUUGAAUUAAUGAGUUUAUAUUAGGAUGCGUUAUUACUGCAUUUUAGUGCUUUCUCAAUUCCUCUCGUACGAUUAGCCAGCCAGAACAGAAGUAUUUCGAUAUUGUAAAAACCAGCACGUCCAUACUAGUGCAGAGUAACCAGAACCCGGUUAAGAAUUAUCUGAGCCCUGUUGGUUGAGCGUCUGCCUUCAGCUCGGGUCAUGAUCCCAGGGUCCUGGGAUCCAGUCCCGCGUCCGGCCACCUGCUGGGGGGUGGGGUGGAGCCUGUUUCUCCUCCCUCUGCCAUUCCCCCACUUG